GAGGGAGAGGCGGGACGUGGCGGGGCCGCCAUGGGCUGGUGGGGCGGUGCGGGGCGGGCGGCGGCGGCCGCGUUGCGACGGCGGCUGAGGGGGGCGGUGGCGGUGGGGCGACCGGUUCGGUACAGCCUGGGCCGGGCGGCGCCACCACCGCCACCAGCCGCCUCCGACUUGGAACGGGCGGACGCUUGGCUGCUGCGGAAAGCGCUGGAGGGCGGUCUCCUCUCGUGGUUCCGUAACGGGCUCCUGGCUACCGGCGUUGGCGUCAUCUCUUACGUCCAGAGCGACACCGGCCGUGACGCCGCUUACGGUUUUUUCAUCCUGGGGGGCCUGUGCGUUUCCUACGGGGCCGGUUCGUACCUGGUGAACCUGGUUCUGCUGCGACGCCCCAUGAUGCUGCCGGCGCCGACCGCCGCCGCCAACGCCGCCGCCGCCGCGCUGCUGGCGUUGCUCUGGCUCUGCGCCCUCUCCCUCUACGUCGGUCGUCUGGAAGUGGAGAUCGUUCCCGAGGAACCCCCCGAAAAGUGACCGGAUUUGGGGGGAGGGGGGGGACCACACACAGCAAUGGGGAUCCCCUCUGUCAGUGAUGGGGUGGGAAAAAUCCCUGCGGAGGGGGGCUGGAAAUUGCCUUUGGGGGGGUAAAAAUCAACCUGGGGGGGUAAAAAAAUCAACCUGGGGGGGUAGAAAAAUCAACCCAGGGGGAUUAGACUCAGCCCUGGGGUGUUAAACCCAUCCUGGAGGGGAUUAAACUCACAGUAGGGGUAUUAAACCCACCCCCAGGAGAAUUAAACUCAUCCUUGGGAGGGGGUUAAACUCACUGUGGGGGGGUUAAACCUAUCCUGGGGGGAUUAAACCCACCCCCAGGAGAAUUAAACCCACCCUGGGGGGGAUUAAACCUAGCACAGGAGUAUUAAACUCAUCCCGGGGGGAUUAAACCCACCCUGGGGGGGAUUAAACCCACCCCAGAAGAAUUAAACCCACCCCAGGGGGGGAUUAAACCCAGCCCAGAAUUAAACCCACACUGGAGGGGUUUAAACUCACUCCAGGAGGAUUAAUCCCACUCCCAGGCAUGUUAAACCCACCCUGGGGGGGGGAAUUAAAUUUAGCCCAGCAGUAUUAAACUCAUUCCUGGGGGGAUUAAAUCCACCCCAGAAGAAUUUAAAUCCACCCCAAAAGAAUUAAACCCACCCUGGGGGGGAUUAAACCCAGCCCAGAAGAAUUAAAUCCACCCCAGGAGGGAUUAAACCCACCCCAGAAGAAUUAAACCCACCCUGGGGGGGAUUAAACCCAGCCCAGAAGAAUUAAAUCCACCCCAGGAGGGAUUAAACCCACCCCAGAAGAAUUAAAUCCACCCUGGGGGGGAUUAAACCCAGCCCAGGAGUAUUAAACUCAUCCCAGGGGGGAUUAAACCCACCCUGGUCCUUUUGGAGGAUUAGACCAACCCCCCUGGGAAGAUUAAAACCACCCUGGGAGGAUUAAUCCCCCCCCCCCAGCAGGAUUAAACCCCCUCAGGGGGCUCAAAACCACGCUGGGGGUGGGGGCGGAUUAAAACCCGCUUAAACCCUCCCCAGGGUUGGGAUUGCUCACGCUCCCCCCCGCCCCUUCCCCGGCUCGACGCUGUUUUUCUGCAAAACCUCCCAAUUUUGGCUGCUUUGUAUUUAUUCACUCACCCCCCCCCUCCCAGGUUUGGGGGGGGGGGGGGAUCAGCUCCCUCCCCGGGGCGUUUGCUGCGCCCGUCGCGUUUGCACCCUCAUUCCUGCUGUGAAAAAAAAAAAAAAAAUGGGGUUUUUGGGGGUUUUUUUUGGGCAAAA